UCUCUCUCUCUCUCUCUCUCUCUCUCUCUCUCUCUCUCUAAGAUAAGAGUUUUGUAGAAAGAGGAUGGGGAGAAAACCUUGUUGUGAGAAGGUAGGGUUGAAGAGAGGACCAUGGACGAUUGAUGAAGAUAACAAGUUAAUGAACUUCAUCCUCAACAAUGGCAUACAUUGCUGGAGACUUGUUCCCAAGCUUGCAGGUCUGAUGAGAUGUGGGAAGAGUUGUAGACUAAGAUGGAUCAAUUAUCUAAGGCCAGAUCUUAAGAGAGGAGCAUUCUCGGAGGUGGAAGAGGAUCAACUUAUCCAACUUCAUGCACGUCUCGGUAACAGAUGGUCUAGAAUAGCUGCACAUUUCCCCGGCCGAACAGAUAAUGAAAUCAAGAACCACUGGAAUACCCGAAUCAAGAAGAAGCUGAAGUUCCUUGGUUUAGAUCCUUCAAGCCACAAGCCAAUAACCACACACCUAGAAAAAUCUAAUGGCAUGGAAGGUGAACCAAUUGUUGAGCCUAAUAGUACUUCAUUGAGAGAGCAAGAGAAUAACUUUAUUAAUGUUGUUGUGCCAUUUGAUCAACAACAACAACAAGAAGAAGAAGACAUUUUGGUGCUUCAAAACAAAGAAGAAGACUUCCAAGUGCACUCAAAUGAAAGUACAAUAGAUCUUUCUCAUGGUUAUGAAAUGUUGUGGGAGACCUUGGAUGUGGGAUCAAUGGUAAACCCUAAAACCAUUGAUCCCUCUAAUUCUAAUGAUUAUAGCCCUUCAUUUUCUUUGGACUAUUCACUUGAUCAGUCUAGGAAUGAAGGUCCUUCUUCAUUAUCCCUCCAAGAAAAUUAUAGGCAAUGUUGGAUUGAUAAUGUGGAUUCAAUGCUUCCAUGGGAUGGAUUCCUUACUAUAGAAGACAUUUUGUAUUUUGGGAAAUUGCCUGUAAAUUAA